AUGGCCAACGAAAAGACGGGCAAAGGGCGACCGGAUCCUAAGGGAGUGGACUUUUUGACCGAGGCGAUCAGACAGUUGACAGACGCGUCUAUUAAUGGGCGGCCUUUGACUUCUGUUACGAUGAGGACAAUUGAAUCACCACGUAUGGAAAAGUGGAAAGCACAUCCAACAAAACACUAUACGGACCACGAAUGGACUCAAGCCGAAAAGGAAACUUUUGAAGAAUCUAUUGCAGCAUAUGGCGCAGAGUUACGUUCUGUUCGUGAUGACUUGGUCGUCAAGUCGAUGCCUGAAGUCGUUCGAUUCUACGGUCACUGGAAGAGUCAAAAACUCGGCGAGGAACAUAGGAAACUUCGCGAGAACGGUCCCCCUCCCGAACCGAAUUUUGCCCGAUACCAAUCUCUUGGCCCGACGACGGAAGGUCAGACUGUUGGUCCCUCGGAUGAAGAAGGAUCGAUCAUAACGGCACCCUCUAAACCCCCUAGCUGUGGUGCAUGUCGCACAAAAGAGUCAAAGAAGUGGCUGAAAGCGCCAAAAGGCCUUCAAUCCAACUUACUUUGCGACAACUGUGGCUUGAAUUGGCGCAGGUACGCAGAUCUCAAUGUACGCCCGGUGAGGGAGGAAUCUCUUCCAGCGGCGAAAAUGAAGACGGCGGAGAAGAGGGAAGGGUCUCCAUUAAGUGCUCAGUCUGCGAAACGUGCCAAGACAUCUGCUUCCGUACAAUCAACACCGCCUCCACCAUCGAAUGUCCCCCAGAUACGUUGCAGCGCAUGCACGAAGAAUGGACCUGUCGGCAAAGUAUUGAAAUGCAACAAGUGUAGCUUCCAAUGUCACGCAGGCAAGUUCCAACCUCAUCCUUGA